AUGGGGCUUGGGGCUGGGGGCCGGGACCACUUGCUGCUGACCUUGGCAACUGCCCUGAUGCUGUUCAUGAGGCCCCCAGGUUACUGGGGGGCCCGGAUCAUUGGGGGCCAUGAGGUGACACCCCACUCCCGUCCCUACAUGGGGUCAGUGAGCUUUGAGGGCCAGCACCACUGUGUCCGCACCUGCUGGAUGGUCUCAGCUGCCGACUGCUUCAACAACAGAGACCCCUGAACAGGCCUAGGGGUGAGCGGGACCCAUGCCCUGCGCACCUCAGAGCCCACCCAGCAGGUGUUUGGCAUCUCAGCUGUCAUCCAGCUCCCUGACUAUCAGCCCGUGACUCAUGCCAAUGAUGUCUGCCUGCUGCAGCUGAACAGCUCUGCCAUCCUGGGUCCUGCAGUGGGGUUGCGGGCUGCUGCGGAGGAGCGCAGGGCACUCAAGGCUGGGGCACAGUGCCAGGUGGCUGGCUGGGGAUCUGUGUCCAACUUUGAGGAGCUGCCACCUGGGCUGAUGGAGGCCGAGGUCCGUGUGCUGGGCCUGGACGUCUGCAACAGCUCCUGGAAGGGCCUGCUGAGCCCUGCCAUGCUCUGCACUCACAGUGGGGACUGCCGGCGGCGGCGGCGGUGAGGCUUCUGCUUGGCAGACUCUGGGGGGCCCCUGGUGUGCAGGAACCGGGCCCAUAGCCUUGUCUCCUUUUCUGGCCUCUGGUACGGUGACCCGAAGACCCCUGACGUGUACAAGCAGGUGUCCUCCUUCAUCACCUGGAUAUGGGACGUGGUUCGGCAGCACCGGCAUGGCCUCCAAAGGAGCUGCCUGAAUCACAACACUGGGUGUACAAAAGAGAUGACAGCUGAUGCAGACAGCUCCAGCCUGGGAAAUUCUAUGGCCGGGGCAGGGGGUCCACGGGGGCCCCCAGACCCAGGAAGCCCAGGGUGGGCAUUAGUUCCAAACAAAAAGGGCCAAAAUAACUGAA